AGUGGACUAACCAGGCAGGUCCUGUGAUGAGCACGUAUGUUUCCUUUGUCCGCUACAUUCGUUCGGCUCGCAUAGUAAGGCGCUUCUUCUAUUCUGUUUCAUCUGAAAACGCGGACAUAUGGCAUCAGCAUGGUUUCUGCAAGCGUUAUUGCAAGCGAGCGAGCGCGUUUCUCCGCAAUCAGCAUAUUUCUGUUUUGCUGUCUGUUCACUGCACUGAUGAAUUAUGCCGAGUCGCGCGUUGGACAUCAUACACAGUUAGACCGCAGGCGGCAAAUACAUAAUCUCUCUCUUUUAUUUCUCGCGCACAAUGUCCGAGCAUCUGACGACACCAUGACGAGCACGACGCACGCACUUACACCCAAUAAACCUGCCUGAAGAUCAUUAUUAUAAUCAAAUCACAGCAAUGUCCCCGGACUUCCAAGGCCAUCGUAUCAACAUUGCCUCCUCGACCC